AUGCCAGGCCCUUCUCAGGACUCCACGGUCAAGUCUCAGAGGCGGAAAAACAAAGACAAACAAGCAAACACACGAAAGCGCUCUCCCAUAGUUCCAAUAAAGGGGAAGGAGGACGGGACAGAGAGAGAGCUCUCAGAAGUGAAAUUUGGCUUGAACAAUGAUGAUGUGGAAACUGUACAUGAGGAUGCGUCUCUGAUCUUAAAGAAACCAGUGCGAUUAAGGCUGGAUUUGGACUCCGAAGAAAAGUUCCUGGGGACGCUGAGGGUUAGCGUGCUUACAAUCUGGGGAGGUGAUACCGAAGGUAUUUCAGGUUUAAAGGCAGUGUGGGAUCCAGGUAAGGCACAUUCAGAAGGACAUCGUAUUGUUUUCCUAAAUAGCAUCUGCAUUGAAGCUGCUGUUUCUCGGGGCACAGGAGAGGGCAGGAAGAGGGUCCCCGCUGCCCUCGCAGGCUGGCCUUGUGCAGCUCUCUGCCCGGCAUGCAGCUCCUCUGCCUUUUCCCAUGGGACCGGCUCGGUGGCCUGUGUGGACAUGCAGCCCAAGCACAUUCCAGCCCAGCCUCAGCACCCCAGGACCCCCCACAUCACCAUUCUCACUGGCAGCUCUUCCGACUCACCGGAUGACACGGCUUCGGUGGCUGUGAGGGGCAGUCGUGAUUUCAUGGGCUUUCUACUUCAGGCCCGAAGGGAGUCUGAUCAUCAGAUAGCUGGCACUUUUGUUUUCAUUCUUCCUCAUUCCAAACCAAUGGCUUGUUUUGAAGAGGCUGACACAGUCACCCACAUGGACAAGUCCCGGAAGAGAAAUCUAUCAUUUGAGUGGCAACCUGCCCACCCUGUAGGGGACAUCAGGUUCCUAUAAGAGAUGGUCCAGUCAUAUUUCGUUUACUGGACGAGGAUUGAAUCAUCUGUCGUGUCUCAGCAGACACACAGUAGAGCUAGUUCCGACAGCCACGUGGAGCCUGGCUCACCUAUGCCAGCCCCUGGGCAGAGGCCGGAGGGCAUGGAAGGAACCGCCCCGGCCCCCAGGGUCCCCGUCAUUCUUCCUCAGCAGCGCACGGAUAUCUCUGCUGUGGCCAUCCCUGGAGCUGCAGGAGAGGACAGCUUAGAUCCUGUUCCUGCCAAUGUUUGGGUGACAGAAUUUCCUGGGGCUGCAGAGACUCCGUUCCCAGCAUCUUCACACAUAGCUGCCGUAGUCAGCGAUGGCCACCAGCCCAGUGGGGACAGCAACCGAACCCUGGAAGUAUCCCCGGACGUUCGUGGGCUGGAGAGGUUCAUGGCCAUCAGGGGAUUCUCCUCAGAGAGCUUUGCUUCCAGCCCUAGCACCCACCACAGGACUCAGAAUGAUCCAAGCUUUGAUUCAUUGGAAACUUGCCUACCCUCAGAUAGGGAUGAACAGGACAAGAUGACGGCCUCAAAUAGGACGGUGAUGAGGCCUCCUCUGUACACUGUCCGUCUUUCCUAUACUCGCCUUUGGUCCUCUGGGGCACUCACUGGACAUGGGGCCAGGGCGGCCAAUCCAACCCCUGUCCUCCACACCUCUGCCACCUCCAGGCCACCCACUGCCAGUGGUCAGUCAGAGGCAUCAAGACCCUCUGCCAGCUUCCUGCCUCAGUCAAAGCACAAGGAGCCCAAAGUGAGGGAGGGCAAUGGAGAGAGUGGCAUGGGACACCCCAGGAAGACCAACCCAAGGCCUGAGCUUGGGCAAGACGAGACCAGGGCCCCUUUGGGGAUCCAGCUCGGGACUCUGCAGCUGGGAAUGCUGCUUUGCCUUUCAGCUGCUUUGGGCAUGGCCGUGGCUGCUGGCCUUCGCUACCUGCAUACCCAGUCUUGCCACAAGCGGACAGAAGUAUUCUUUAGUGAGCCUGCUGGACACGUACCUGCCAGGAGUGACGGAGGCGAGAUCGUGCAUGUCAGGAGGAUUGGGGAGAACAGUUUUGUUUUGGUUGAAGCAGAAUACAACUGGAUCACUCCUUCUGUGGGUAGCAAGAAAACAGUCCUCUGAGAAGGCUCCUCAGUGCCCCCCCCUUAGACCCUGCAGAGUGUCUCAGCCAGAACAGAGUAACUGAGACUAGCUAAUGAGGACAGGGUUUCACUGUGCUUCCCAUCAGGGAACAGUUAAUGGAGGGAGCAGCAAAAGGACAGUUUUAUCAACAGAGGGAAUUACUUUCUGGCUUUGUUGUCUUAACAUCUGUAAUUUAGCAGUUUUUUUUUUCUUUCUUAUUUUUUUUAGCAGCUUUUUUUUCUUUUUGCAAUUAGACGUUCUGUUUGAAGAGUUAAACUCAACACAAUGAAUAUUGUAUAAUCUGCUCAUUAACUAGACUCCUGUGGCCACUGAGCUUCCUCCGUUGCCUUAAGGAACCCGCAGAAAUGGAACUUCUGUCCCUCCUCAGUGUGUCAGCCUCAUCGACUCGCUUUGAAAAAACAGUAACGUUGAGGUUGAGUCUCCUGCAAGAAAAAGGACUGCAGCCCUCCCUUUGCCUCUUCAAACCACCCCCAAAGAAGUCCUGUUUUCCAAACUGGAGUUCAAAGGUGGCUCUGAUGUCAUUGUCUGGGUGAGCGCAAGGGUAUUCAGCCUUCUUGGACACUCAGAAGCCCAGCAAAUCUGCCAUGGAAAUUGAUCCAAAGCAAGGAAGAGUUUAGAGAGUUGGAUUACCCACAUCUGUGGGAAAACAUACAUGCAGCGGGAGGCCAUAAACACCAGAGAGGGGUAAGCAAACCUCUUCAUCAGGGGUAAAUGGAUCUGAGGUCACCCAUCCAUUUACACUUGAUGAGAGACUUAUGUAUCCCAGAGACUAGCAGACGUCUUGCCUUUUGCAAAAGGUCAUGCUGAAAAAAAGGAUGAUACCAGCACAGUUUUAAGAAGAGUCUUUACCCGUCUAAGAAAACAAGAAGGACGAAGACUGUCUACCCACCUCAUGACUUUAUGAAGGUCACUUUGAUUUAGCAAGAGUCCCAUAGAUACUACAUGCGGUCAAAACAACGUGUUUGAAUAUAACUCUCGAAUAUGCUCACCUAAUAUAACACAAUGGAAUUAGCUGUCUUUUCAAAGGUAAACCUAUUACAGAGUCACGAUCCAUUUAAAUGUGGAAACGAAAACCACUAUAAAUUUGGAAAGGGUAUUUCCUGAUUGAGCACCUAAAUCGUGCAGGUACUGUGCUAAGAACUGUACAUUUAUUUUCACAUUCAAUUCUCACAAUAACUUCAUGAGGAAUUAAGUUCAGUAAAUCGCUUAAAGGGAAGGAGGCAUUCGUGACAUCUCAAUUCAACAAAAACAUUUUUAAAAAAUUGGGUGUGUGGGAAAGAGCUGCUUCUGUUUUUCCAGCCCCUGUUAGCUCACUGGGCAUCAGUUCCAACACUCUCUCAUCCUGGAUUCUGGGGUUGACAGAUCUGUCCCCUGACUUCAGGCAAGCACCUCAUUGGGCACGUGGAGACCUAGGUAAUUGUAUGUUCACAAAUGAAGGUGUUCUAGGAAUGCUGUGGAAAGAGACACAUGUACUGUACUCCAGGUGGGGCCACAGAUAUCCCUCCUACAUACCCCACUCUCCCAAGGGAUGCCCCCCGCCAAGAUGCAGAAGACAAGCCAUCUCACUAGUGGAGAGCUCCCAUCUGGCCAGGUCACAUCAGAGCUGGGUGCACCACGUAUACACUACCUUCCAAAUCUUUCCCGUCCAAGAGGAUAUUAUCCUGUGUAAACACACUGUUUUGAUUCUCUAUUGCUGUGAAACAAACUACCCCUUAACCCAGUGCUUUAAAACAACGCCCACCACUGAUGGUCUCACGGGACGCUGGGGUUGCCUGGGCUCAGCUGGGCAGCUCUUCUGCUCUGCCUGUUGUCAAAUGGGCUGGGACAUCCCAGAUGACUCACUCACGGGGCUGGCAGUUCAUGCUGGCUGCCGGCUGGGUACUCACUGGGGCCGUGGAUGAGUGUGAGAAACAAUUUGCUUCUCCUCUUUGUGGCUUCUUACUGCAUAGUGGCUGGGUUCCCAGAAGGAGUGUCCCAGGCAGACAAAAGCAGAAGCUGGGCAUCUUGGAAGGCUUAGCCUGGGAAGUAACAUGGUUUUACUCCUGCCACGUUCUGGUGGUCACAGCAUGUCACAGCCCUCAUUCUUCCAAGGGAAGGGCAACAGAUUUCAGUUUUCAAAGGAAGAGGUGGCAAAGGAGUUGAAGCUAUGCUUAAUUCACUGCAUCGCUGGUUAGACGGCUGACCUGCCACGGGGCUCGUGUGAGAAGAGACAGGCUGCUCAGCUUCAGGAGAUGCCAUGGGUCACCCUCCCUGCAAAGCAUCAAAGGGGCCGAGGGAAUUCUCCAGGCUUUAGGGGGGUUUGUUUGUUUGUUUUCUUGUUUGUGUUUUGGCCACACCGCGAGGCUUGCGGGAUCUUAGUUCCCCCGACCAGGGAUCGAGCCCAUGCCCACUGGAUGGCCAGGGAAUUGCCCAGGCUUUAGGGUUUAGGCACCUCCUCCUCUCCAGCUGGGAACUCCAGGUCAGGCACGAUAGUGACAGGGUGCAGAAGAGUCAGCCAGACUUAUGAGCCUCAGCUUCCUCAUCAGAGAUAAAUGGAUCACAAAAUGAUUUAUCUCUUUUGGCUGUUGUGAAGAUUAAACACAUGUUGAACACUUAGCUGCCUCUAACCGACAUGCCAUUGUUAUUAACAUCACCCUGCAGCUGCGACACUAUCUUUAAAUCUAGUCCAUUUAGAGAAAUCCUAUGGCCACCAAAAAUGUGAUUCCCUGUCCGUGACAAUUUCUCCCCCUGUGCCCCUACUGCCCCAGCCCAGCCAGUGGAGGCAUCACCGCGUUGGUUGUCAUGGCAGCCAUUGGCUACAGUUCCUGCUGGGGUCAGACAUUUUUGCUGAGACAUUCUGAGUAAACUCCGUUUGGGGAAGGGCGGCUGGAAUCCCCAAGCCUGAAUUCAGGACACAUAAAACCCCUCAGUCACUGAUCUUGAAGGUUCUCUAAGCCUGGCUUCAGAGAAGCCCCAGAGGGGAGUGAGUAGGCAGUGUUCAUUUAACCUGAAGGCACUUACUAAAGCACAAAGCCCUUAAAAGUUCUAAAAAGGCGAAGGACUCAAAUGCAGCAUCUUAAAAUAACUUUUUUGUUUUGUGGGAACAGCUAGAGAAUUGCUCAGCUAACCACGUCUCGGAGAAGGAAGUUGGGGGCUAAAGACACACUUCAGGGAAGAUAACAGAAAACCAAUUGCUAAAAUCUCUAUUUUAAACCAAUGGUUUUACAUCUACGUGCUAAUUUCAUAAUCACAGAUCGGGGCUAGCGGUGGGCUUUAACCUUUUUACAUUCAGAGACUAUUUUUGAUAUUUCUAAUUAAUUUCUCCCCUUGGAUACAAUAAUUUUGGUAAAUCACGACUUAACGCUCAACUGUAGCCCCGCUGAGCUAUCUCACUGGCAAGGCUGUCUGCAUUAAUUUACUGUUACAAUGUUUGCUUUCUUUUUUAAAAAAAAUCUAAUUAACAACAACAACAACAAAAGGGAUCAACAAGCCAGUAAACAUUUAAACAAGUGUCACGUUUUAUUUGAAAUGUUGUCUGGGAAGAGCCGGCAUUUUAUGAAUAAAUUACAGAUAGCGUACCCUCUCCUGGUCCUGGACUUCCGGUAUUACAACGUGAUCCCAGCCUUUCUGGAAUGCAGGCUCUGUGAUUUGAUUUCAUGUCACCCCGACGUAUUCCCCUCUUCUAAAAAACGGUGUGUGGCAAGGAAUUUCUUCUAUUCGAGUGAAAUGAAUUUGCAUUAAUUUGUUUUAUUAAACUUGAGAAUUUCUCCGUUUUCUUAAGCUGUUCGGAACUCGGCUCCAUCUGGCCUUUAGGGGUUUGCAAAAGCGUCCAUAAUCAUCUCUGGCUCAGAAUGUCAGGAGGGCCUUGGUGACGAAAGGCCGGUUGAUGUUUUGUGGGUUUGCUCUGUUCUUUAAAUGCGAAAAGAAAAGUGAACAUUUUGAGACUCUGCUCCUCUGAGCAGAUGGGUGGAGUGGCCGAUACAACUGAAGUCUGACAACUGUUUUUUGGUUUUUGUAUUUUGCUUUUAAAACAUAAAUCGUUCGUGCUACACUGUCUCCACGUUCACUAAUGGCUUUCCAUCUUGCGCAGAAUAAAAUGUCAAUAUCCGGACUGGGCUGACCAGGUACUGUGAGACCCCGUCCUCCAACCACCUUCUUGCACAUUCCCUGAGUUUCCAAGAAUGGUUCAGGGGUGCUGCACAGCUCCAUCCAGCUCCCUUGGUCUGGCUGCCCUUCUUGUCUGGAAACUGGUUCCCUCCAGAAUUCCACAGUCUUCAGAACUUUGCUCCCAUGUUGCCUCACCUGAGCAGCCUCUCCUGUCCAUUGCCCCCCACCACUCUCUAUGCCCUUGGUUGCUUUAAUAUUGACAGCGCUUCUUACCUCCUGAGUCUACGCAUUCAUUUGUGUGUUUAUUUUCUGACUCUCCUUGACUAGGGUGCUUUGUAAAGGCAGAGGCAUUGUUUAUUCAUUGCUAAUU